CCCGAUUCGUCGAUUUCUCCCUCCCUUCAUCCAAUCGGGAUUUCUGCUUCCCGCGCUCUCCUCGCCUCCUCCUUCCUAGAAAACCCACAAAAAUCAUCUCGCCAUUCCUCUCCUUCGUAGAAAACUCACAAAAAUCCCUCCAGGUUCCAGGGGGCGAGGGGAGAGAGAGAGAGAGAGAGAGAGAGAGAGUUGAGUGCGAGAGAGGCGAGGGGGCGGCGGCGGCGGCGGCGACAAUGGGGAUCCAGGGGCUGCUGCCGCAGUUGAAGUCAAUCAUGGCGCCCAUUAGCGCGGUGGAGCUGCGGGGCCAGACGGUGGCUGUUGACACCUAUUCCUGGCUCCACAAGGGCGCUCUAUCCUGCGGCGACCGCCUCUGCAAGGGCAUCCCCACCACCAGGCAUAUUGAAUAUUGCAUGCAUCGGGUUAACAUGUUGCGGCAUUUUGGUGUCAGACCAAUUCUUGUAUUUGAUGGAGGCCUUCUGCCAAUAAAGAGCUAUCAAGAGGGGAAGCGAGCAAGGUCAAGAAAGGAAAACCUUGAGCGUGCCAGGGAACAUGAGGCUGCUGGGAACUCACGUGCUGCUUUUGAGUGCUAUCAGAAGGCUGUUGACAUUACACCUAGAAUUGCUUCUGAACUGAUUGAGGUACUGAAGAAAGAAAAUGUUAAUUAUAUUGUUGCACCUUAUGAAGCAGAUGCGCAAAUGACAUUCUUAUCUGUUAAUAAACUUGUUGAUGCUGUGAUCACUGAGGAUUCAGAUUUGAUACCAUUUGGUUGUUCUAGAAUUAUUUUCAAAAUGGACAAAUUUGGGCAAGGUGUUGAAUUUCAGAUUACACGCCUAGAGCAAAACAGAGAGCUUGACUUUAAUGGAUUCACAAGACAGAUGUUACUUGAGAUGUGUAUUUUAAGUGGCUGUGACUAUCUCCCCUCAUUGCCAGGAAUGGGCGUUAAACGAGCUCAUGCACUCAUCCAAAAGCUGAAGUGUCACGAAAAGGUGAUCAAGCACCUGAGGUAUGGUGCUGUUUCUGUUCCACCUCAAUAUGAAGAGGACUUCAAGAAAGCAAUCUGGGCAUUUAAGUUCCAAAGGGUCUACGAUCCUGCUACAGAAGAUAUUAUUCAUUUGUCAAGUGUGCCUCAAAGCCUCAUUGAAGAUUUGGAAUUUUUAGGCCCAUGGUUACCACAGAAUAUUGCCAAAGGCAUUGCUCUAGGGAACAUUGAUCCACUCACGAAGGAACCAUUCGAGAUCAAUCCAGAGUGCAGUGCACCUUCUGUUCAUAAGGUUUGUCCAACCAGAGAGCCUAUUGCACCUUCAAAUGGGAGGAAGAAACUAGAUUUGCCUGUGCAGAAAAAUAUAUUGACCAACUAUUUCUGCUUAGCAUCCCUUGAGGCAAAACGGAAAUUCAGGGCGCCUAAAGUAACACAUAAGCAACAAAUAUUGAAUGAAGCUUUGCCUAGCCCUCAAGCUCAAGGCUCUGCUACCUCUGAUUCAGUUGAAGAUACUAGGUUGCCAACAGAUCGCAUUCAAGCUUCUCAAUGUAGUUCUGAGCAUUUAAGCUCUGAACCUCCUCAAAAUGACCCAAUCAGUGUUGGCUCUCAGUGUAGUUCUGAGCGUUUCAGCUGUGAGUACCCCCUCGAUGAUUCAGCCAACAUUUCACAAUGUAGUUCACUUGAUGGUGGUAGUGAUCCUCCUUACAAGGAUACUGGCAAUAAAGACAGAAAGGUUGAGGCUGGCUACGACAACAAAAAUAGAAUACCUACAAGUCCUUGCAUAAUGGGAAAUUUACCCUGGACAUCAGAGCCAUUUUUAGUUCCCCAUAACGUGGGACCAUCUAUACCAGUUCAACAUUAUACUGAAAGCACUGUGGCCUCUAAUAAUAAUGGCAUUACCGUAAGUUCAUACUUCAAAACAGCAAACAAGAGAAUUUGCACAGAUCAAGGAGACCAGUUAGAUGAUGACUAUGAUGUUAGUACUGGUAAUCUUUGUGGAGAUCAACUGAGGAAAUCUGGCAUGUUGAAGAGAAGAAAGCUUUCUGGCAUCCAAAAGUUUGAAGAUGAAACUUUACAGCCGAUUCAUUCUGACGAUAGUCCACCAUUCGUUGAUGAAGAAACUUCUGCAGGUCAAGAUACAGAUGAUCCUGACGAUACAAAUAUAAGAACUGAAGGAAGAUUUGGAUGCAAUGUUUCCCAUGUGAAUACAUACAGUGGAAUUGCAGAAAAAUCAAUGGAUAAGUUUGCUGCAUUGAUAUCAUCUUUCAGAUACCCCGGCCCCCGUGCCAGUGGCCUUCGUGCUCCUUUAAAGGAUGUGAAAAACACACUUUCUGUGAGAUCUAUUCUUAAAGCUCCAGAAAAAGACACAUUCAGACGCACAGCAAAGAAAACAGGUCUAGGCCCCCCUUCAAAAAGCAGAUAUACAAGUGAUGAUAAGGGAAGUGCUGCCAGCCCCCCUGAUAUUAGCGCAUUUGCUUAUAGGCCUAUGAAAACUGUUGCUUCUGACCAAGGCAAAACCACAGGUAAAACUACAGACACUAUUGAUGGCCCUCCUGAUCUGGGCUUGCUUGCAUACACAUCUACUGUCUGCUGUCCCGAGCGGAGCAAACAUGCAGGCAACCCUCCUGAUCUAAGCACAUUUGCAUAUAAACCUGUGAAAGCUGCAGUCGGACGUUUGAAUGGGAGCAGAUUCAGAGAGACCGCACCGAAAGCAACUGGAGGGACUUCUAGGAGCCAGUUCAAAUAGAACCAGUGCCGUUGGCUCUCUAAAUGCUGUGGUGAAAGGAAAACAACCCCUGAUCAGAGCAUUUCCGUUUCUGAGCAUCGUUGAAGAUAGUUGGCAUUGGGCCCCCGGAGGACCUCGAGGGGCUGCAGAGGUUCCUUUGCUUCAGAGCCCCUCUGUACCUAUUCAUCAACGUGGACCCUGGAGGACCGUUACUGCCUGCUAGUAGCAGCUCGUUAUUUUGAGCUCAUCUUUUGUGCUGCUCGUCAGCUCGUGUUCAAACCAAGCCUACUGCUCAUUUGCUUUCCCUGCAGCAGCAGCAGCCCCUACUGUUGCAUCGAAGAAAGCAAUCUCAUUAGCGACUGCGUUGAACUGUAGUUAAGAUACUUCUUGUCCAUAUCCUUGAGGCAUGAUUCGAACGGCGUCAUUGUCUCAUUGACUUGUCUUUAUCAUUCCUGAAAGAUAAAAGUGAACAUUGAAAUCAAAGAAAAAAAAACAGUUUGUACGGUAAA